GUGACCAGCAGACAAGAUGCCCGGAGAUGCGUUCACGAUCAGGAGCCGCAUCAGGAAUUUGCUGCGCUCCCCGUCAUUCAAGCACAAGAAGACCAGCAGAGAGAGUCUCACCGGCAAGGUGACUUUGGAGAAGGUGCUCGGAAUCACAGCUUCAGGAAACAGCGGUCUGGCUUGUGACCCCCGAUCAGGACUAGUCGCCUAUCCCGCAGGGUGUGUGGUAGUUUUGCUGAACCCCAAAAAGAAGAGACAGCACCACAUUAUUAACACGUCGAGAAAGACCAUCACGGCUCUGUCCUUCUCCCCCGACGGCAAGUACUUGGUCACGGGAGAGAGCGGUCACCUGCCGGCGGUGAGGCUGUGGGACGUGGCGGAGCGAAGGCAGGUGGCGGCGCUCCAGCAGCACAAAUAUGGCGUCUCCUGCGUGGCUUUCUCCCCCAACGGCAAAUACGUCGUCAGCGUGGGAAACCAGCACGACAUGAUGGUCAACGUCUGGGUGUGGAAGAAAGAUGUCGUCAUGGCCUCCAACAAGGUGUCCAACAAGGUGACCGGCGUGUCUUUCUCCGUGGACAGCUCCUACUUUGUGACUGUGGGCAACAGACAUGUCAAAUUCUGGUAUCUGGACCCCUGCAAGGCCAGCAAGGCCGCCGCUCCGCUCCCCCUGCUGGGCCGCUCGGGGCUGCUCGGGGAGCUGAGGAACAACUUCUUCUGCGACGUGGCCUGCGGACGUGGAUCUACGUCCGACUCCACCUUCUGCAUCACCUCCUCCGGCCUGCUGUGUGAGUUCAACGGCAAGAGGACGCUGGACAAGUGGGUGGACCUGCGGACGGGCGUGGCCCAGUCUCUGUCUCUGUCCGAGGAUAUGAUCUUCUGCGGCUGCGCCGAUGGAACGGUGCGAGCCUUCAGCACCGUCGGCCUCCACUUUGCGUGCACGUUGCCGCGGCCGCACCUCCUCGGCGCCGACGUCUCGGCCGUCACGGAGGCCAGCCACCUGUUUUCCACCAAGACGGACGGCCGUUACCCGGACGCCAUCGCCGUGACCUACGACCCCGUCAGCCAGUGGCUUAGCUGUGUGUAUAACGACCACAGUCUGUACGUGUGGGACGUGACAGACGUCAACAGGGUGGGGAAGGUGCACUCUGCCCUCUUCCACGCCGCCUGCGUCGGCGACCUGGAGGUGUUCCCAGAUGUUCCCGGGGAGUUCGCCGCCGGUCUGUCGUCGGGUGCGUUCCUCAGUUGCUCGGCCGACAACACCAUCAGGCUGUGGCGCGCGGACGAUCGGACGCAAACGAACUCUCGCCCUCGGAACAUCCUCAGUCGUGAUCUCCUGGAUGUAAUCUACACGGACGGAAACACGAGCGCCCUGCAGGAUGCAGAAUGUUUGACGAGUGUGAGUGCGGACAAACAAGGAGACGGGCAGACGGCGGAAAGCAGGACCGGCAUCCGGACCAUCUGCGUCAGUCCAGACGGCAAACACCUGGCGUCCGGAGAUCGCAACGGGGUGCUGAGGGUUCAUGACCUCAGGAGCAUGGAGGAGAUCCUGAGAGUGCAAUCCCACGAUGCCGAGAUCCUCUGCCUCGAAUACAGCAAACCGGAGACAGGUCUGAAGCUGCUGGCCACAGCCGGCAGGGACCGUCUGAUCCACGUCUUGGAUGCCGGGCACGACUACCGCCUGGUGCAGACACUCGACGAGCACUCUUCAUCCAUAACAGCCGUCCGCUUUGCCGCCAAUGACAACAAGGUGAGGAUGAUCAGCUGUGGGGCGGACAAGAGCAUCUAUUUCCGCACUGCACACAAGACGGAGAGAGGGACGGAGUUCAGGCGUUCUCACCACCUGGUGGGGAAGACCACGCUGUGCGACAUGGGCGUGGACCCCGCCUGCAAGUACGCUGCUGUCGGCUGCCAGGACCGCUGCAUCAGGAUUUUCAACAUCAGCAGUGGCAAGCAGAAGAAACUCUACAAGGGGUCGUUGAGUGAGGACGGCAGUCUGCUCCGGGUUCAGCUUGAUCCGUCGGGUCAAUACGUGGCCACCAGCUGCUCCGAUAAAAACAUCAGCAUCUUUGACUUCUUCACUGGGGAGUGUGUGGCCACUAUGGACGGACACUCUGAGAUCGUCACUGGGAUAAAGUUCACCAACGACUGCCAGCAUUUGAUUUCUGUGUCGGGGGACAGCUGUAUCUUUGUGUGGCGACUGGCUCCGGAGCUGACGACCUGCAUGAGAGAGAGGCUCAGACGGCUCCGACAAGACCCCGACACGCCGCUCUGCAAGGCCCCCGGCCUCAGGCGAGACGUGUACAGCGACCCCGCGCUGGGCGGCCUGUCCUCCGACAGCGACCGCGACCGCGAGGAGGACGACGAUGACGACCCCCGCGAGGACCCAGAAGACCUCUCGGCCGACACUUCCUCCGACGGCAGCCACGGCGAGGAGGACGCAGGUGGUUCAGAUGAAAGAGCGGACUGGCAGCGGACAAAGCACGCGGCCGUCAUCCAGGACCCACCUGACUCCUCUAAACGCCCUCGGAGGCGCUGGUCCCAUCGUAUGGGCUCUCUGGAGCUGAUGGUGAAAUCCAUGCUGGACCUGAGGCAGCUGGAGACCUUCGCUCCCAAGAAAAAACCCAACCGAGAGAGAUGGAGCACGUCCAGCCUCCACGAGCCCGCGUCGGACGAGAGAGCCGAGAGGCAUCGACCCGGGCCACGUGCCGACCGGCUGACCUCACGCCCAUCCGAGGGCACCGGGGUGGCCGACGGAGCCGUGCUGUACCCAGAGGAGAGCGAGGGCGAGGGCGAGGGCGAGGGCGAGGGCGACGACUUCGCGGUGAUGGAGCGGCACCGCAGGACGCAGCGGCGAGGGGUCCACGACGAGAGCCAGGAGAGCCGCAGCCCGGACAGCGCCUGCUCGCUGGGCUACGACAGCGGGGACUCCAGCCCGGACCGGGGCCUGGAUGAUUCCGCAGACGUUGAGUCCCUGAGCUCUGAUGAAGAGAGGGAGGAAGAGGAGCGAAGGCCAGAAGUGACGAGUAUGGACGAGGCUCUGAGGACGGUGACGGACGCCGCCGACGUCGGUCCAGGAGAUUCCCUCGAGCAGAACUACGAGACCCCGGGAGAGAGCUGCAGCUCGGCCGAGCCGAGCGGAGUCCCUCGGCUCAGCAUGUCUUCACGCUUCCUGACCAGAGGACAUAAUAACAGGGCCAUGCCUCUUUUUGCCAAAGUGCAUGGAAAGGAACAAGGCAGCAGCCACUCGUCCAAGCCCCCUGUGUCAAAGGUGCGGCCCUUGAUGGAAGAUAACCAGACCGUGAACACGGAGGACAAGACCCCGGGGUGCCCCGGCAGCAUCGAGGGCCCACACGGGCUGGAUGCUCCAGACGGAGACUGCGGUAGCCAGAAGAAGAGGAAGACUUCAGGGACCCACCUGUGGAGGAUGUCCAACGCGCCGUCUAAAGCGACGUGUUUGCAGAAAUCCCAAUCCGUCCAGAACCUGGCCUCAGAACCUCUUCGCUCCCCUGUGCCCUCUAGUGACCAAAGGGAGUUGCGCAAGAGACCUCAGCAGCUCCUCCUGAAACACGACACUCUCAAUCCUUCCUUCCACUUUUCUUCCCCCUCCACCGGAUCCCCCCAGUCCCCCCAGUCCCCCCAGUCCCCCCAGUCCCCCGAGUCCCCCCGGCCCUGGGAGAGCCCCAAACUCCUCAGGCCCCACUCCUACAUGAACCCCACUGCCAGCUCAAUGGCCAAAAGCAGCCGCUCCACCUCGCUCGGAGACAUCAUGCAGCUGGCCACCCCGCCUUGCUCCCCCCGCUUCCCGAGGGCCAGGAGGUCGUGCGGGGAGCUCGAGGUCCUCGCCGUCUCACCGUCGGCGUCAUCCCUCUCGUCGUCGGCGUCAUCCCUCUCGUCGCGCGCCGUACCCAUCGGUCCGCCCCCGCCUCCUCCCCAUCCCACAGCUGCGGUUUCACCCUCUCGGUUCGCCCAGAGCAUCCCGCCCACCCGCAUCCCGCUUCCCAAACAGCCUCUCGGGCCUCGCCGCAGCCUCUUCGUGGAGGUGACGCCGAGCUUAAGUUGUGCCGGCGGAGACCUCUCGCCUGCCGGGGACGACGCACCUACCGCGGGAAGCAGAGCACCGGGCCGGCAUCGCUCUCUGGAUCAUUCUGUGUCGAGUUCACUACCGGUGAGGCAGAAGAGAGACUCGGUUUCAGAGAGUGCCAGGGAGCCAUCGCUGCCGGCCGCAGCCAAAGAGUGCCCUCUGGUGCCCGGACAGACCCGCACAGCAUCCAGCGCUGAUCCCCAACCAGAUCUCUCCAUUACCUUGGAAACUUGUAGGCAGGCUGUUACGGAGCUUCACAGGAGUCUGAGAAAAACCGCCGCGCUCUACUCCACGAUCCUCCAAAGCGACCGGCCGCUCAGCGAAGAUCAGCAAGAAAUGAGGAGCGUCCUGUGCGAGGCCCUCAUCACGGUGAAGGCGGAGCUGGACUCCCUGCAGGGCCCCGCCUCCCGGUGCGAAGGGGGGCCCCGGGCGGACCGAGGGGUCAAAGGUGAAGGAGACAAGGCCCUGGCUCUGGUGGAGCAGUACGCCGAGCUCCUGCUGAAGUCUGUGGAGAGGAGGCUGGACACCAAGACGUGAGGACGCACGCGUAUGAACACACACACACACACACACACACACACACACGUGUGUACCGGUGGGAGCCUGGCGCACACACACACACACACACACACUGCAGCACUGUGAAUCGCACACUUGUUAUUUGCACUGAGAUCCUUUGGAACUUUUAUUUAUGGACUGGAUGCAGAUGAGAUGAGAAGGAAAUGAACGCUCGGCAUUAUGCACUGAAGACAAGUGGAGGUUGUCUUAUUCUUCACGUUGCCAUAUAGCUCUUCUUUGUUGUUUUUUAAAAAAUCAAUAUGUAAUGAAUCCUAAAUAUAUCUUUUGAUAAUACGUACGUUUCAUGACUAUUUUUGCUCAAAUCUUUUCAUACAAUGUAAUACUUUUUAAUACAAUGAAUCGGGCUGUGGUACUAGAAAUGGUUAUAUUGAGGUAUGAGAUAAGCUAACCUGCGAAGAUGUUUUUGUGUCAACGGUGUCUCCCUAAUUGCAGAGCACAUCUUUCCUUUAUGUGUAUCAUGAAUAGUCUUUUUUUUAUAAAUGUUACUUCUGAACGUUUGUGCUGAUGAUUUGAAUGUUUUCGACCGUGAUUUUCUAUUUCUCUGAUAACAAAA